AUGGACGUACCGGUGUCUACGUUAUCUCCUUCGGCUACACCUAGCCGUAAGCCUCCACCAUCCUGUUCUCAGCCGCCGGUCUCCAUUCAGCGCUCGUCAGCUGCUCAGAUAUUGUCGCAUCUUCACCCGCUCGUCGUGCUCUCCUUAUUCACCGCCCGAUUUCAGCUAUUGGUGGAUGAUCCUGUAUCGGCGUUAGCGAGUUUACUACCUGUGAUAUGCGCUGUGCAGGGUAUCUAUGUUGUUGUGUGUUUGCCGGCUGCCAAAAAGGUUGGAUCGGGAAAAGAUAAGGGCAGAGCUGGACAGAAGAGAAGAAUCGGCGCUACAGGCGGUGGAGAGAAUGAGAAUGCAUUAGGGGCUAAUGUAGUACCCGCGAUACUCUCCCUACUUCUCCCCAUUCUCCUCGGCACACCAUGUAUUACUAUCCUGCUUGUGCUUUUUGGCGCUCCUGCCACCACUCACGUUUUUCACACUAUCCUCUGCGCCACACAUAUGUCGGUUCUUGCUGGCACCAGCCUUGUCUAUGUUCACGGAACAGAUGGUUCGGUAUGGCGAGAAAUCUGGGGCGCAUCGAGAGCCAUCGAUAGUAUUUGGGCUGCCGCUGUAGGAACUGCAGUUGGUGCAUGGCUGGGAGCAGUGCCCAUUCCCUUGGAUUGGGAUCGGCCGUGGCAAGCGUACCCCAUUACGAUUGUGACUGGUGCGUAUAUUGGCUAUGCACUCGGCUCGUUAUUGGGGAGAACGCCCCUUUUGUUCGGCAAGCGAAUACAAUUUGAUUCUGAAGAAGACUCAAGACCAAAAAUAUAG